AAGUUGUCGAAAAUUCUAAUUUAUUUGAAGACAGGCUCAGCAUAGUCCUAAUAUCAAGUUCUGAGUGUCGUGGAUCUUGUUUGGAAACACCGACCAAUUAUCAUAAUGAUGACUGAAAGUGAGCACGAAUUUCGGAGGAGGCAAAAGUGAAAUUCCUUCCGGAGUCAGUAAGAGUCGUCUUAGUGUUGAAGGUGAAAUAAUGUCUCCUACGCCGACAUUUAUCGAGGAUGUGAAGAAUAAUAACUGUGACAAUGUGAAGGAAAAAGUGUUCCCCUAUGAAAUCGAGCCAGUGCCCAAUGAGACGAACCAGGAAUUACUAGAAUAUUUCACAGGUGAAAAAACGCAUUUCCUACAAGUUGGCCCGAAGAAAUGGAUACUUCCUAGUGGGUAUGAACGUGAAGCACACAACUAUUACAACUUCAGAGCCAGACCAGACGAUGUUUUCAUCGUUACAUUUCCUAGAUCAGGGACUACGUGGACUCAAGAAUUAGUAUGGCUACUUGCGAAUGAUUUAGACUACCAGAAAGCUGCUGAAAUUCCUUUGGGUGAUAGAUUUCCAUUUCUCGAAUUCAGCGCCUUCGUUCAUAAAGAAACUAAAGCCACGUUUUUAGAGGAACAAAAACCUGAUUCAGAAAAUUACCGCAUCGUACAAAAUUUGGAUUACCCUGCCUGGAAGAUAUUCGAGGACUCCACUGAAAGAAGAUUCAUCAAAACGCAUCUACCUUUCAGUUUGCUGCCGUCAAAUUUGUUGGACAUCGGUUGCAAGGUAAUUUACGUUGCAAGAAAUCCCAAGGAUUUAGCAGUUUCGUAUUACCAUUUGAACCGAUCAUACAGAACCCAGGGGUACAUUGGUGAUUUCACCAAGUUUUGGAGUUUUUUCGAAAGAGACUUGGGUAAGUUCAGGAACGUAAUA